GACAUACUCAUAUGUUGGUAAACUAUUAUGUCAGAACACAGCUGUGUAUGACGUUUUGAGGAUUAUUUAGUUUGUUUCUAAAUUGUAACGAUAUGCUAUGGAUUUUGAUAGUGUUAUAACAAAAUUUCUGUAUUUUUCUUACAGUUCGUGUUGAGUAAAUAAAAACAGGAAGUAUCAGCUAUGCAUGUAACCGGAAACUUAAUUACCGGGGAUGAUGUCACAGGCAUCACGUCUAAUAGGAUUUUAGAGUUGUAAGAAUUGUAUCAUUGAUAUAAUGAUAUUAAGAUAACAGCUAAUAUGAGUAUCUUAAAAGAAGUUAAGUGUGGUUUUGACGUAAGUGCCAAUACGUAACUAAAUGUGAAUACAUGCAUCAACACGUGGAUAAUGAGAUGAUAAUGUCUCUUCGUGACUGGAGACUGGCAGUUAGAACUCCAACAACAUUUCGUGUAGGAAGCAGCACGUUUAGAAUACAAACACAGUUUGUCACCGCCGUGACUAUUGUAGGCUUGAUUUUACUAUGCAUAAUAUACAUUUAUGCAACUCCUCAUCGAUAUAAAUCAUCUUACCAACAUAUUGAAGAACACGAACCACAGAUUUCCAAGAAGGCAUCUAAGUUGGGUAUAGCAUUAACUUCUCAGGUAUCUCCACCUCGUAGCAAUUAUAAUUCCACUUAUCCAUUAACGCCUCCUGUCACCACAAAAAUUGGAGUGAAGUACAAGAUUGGGUUAGUUAGUGAUAUGGACCAGCUUUCUAAAAGCAAAACUGAAGGUUUUGCAUGGAUAAGUUACUUUUUAAAAGGAUAUAUUGUUUGGAAUCGUAUUUCAAACACAGUUACUGCUCUUAUCGAUAACACGCCAGUAACAUUAAAAUCUAACUUGGGGGAGAGUGGAAGAGGUAUGGAGUUGUCGGAACUUGUAGUUUUCAACGGGAAACUGUACACAUUUGAUGACAGGACAGGAAUCAUAUUUGAGAUUGAUGAUGAAAAUGUUAUUCCUUGGGUGAUGCUAACAGAUGGAAAUGGAAGAACUGGAAAAGGAUUCAAGUCCGAAUGGGCAGCAGUCAAGAACGAGAAGUUGUACGUCGGUGGCCUCGGCAAGGAGUGGACCAACCACCAAGGAGAAACCAUCAACUUAAACCCCUUGUGGGUGAAGAGCAUCAGUCCUACCGGUGAAGUGAAUCAUUCGUUCUGGCGUGACAACUAUUUCACUCUCCGGUCCACUAUUGGGAUAGAGUUUCCAGGUUAUGUCAGUCAUGAAGCAGCUGUUUGGAGCGACGUCCACAGUCGCUGGUUCUUCCUUCCCAGGCGAUGUUCCAAGGAUCGGUACAAUCCUGAUCUGGAUGAAAAGCGAGCCUGUAAUGUCCUAUUAAGUGCUGAUGAAGAUUUCAAAGAUAUUAAGGUAACAAAUGUUGGAGAAAUAAAUCCUACCCAUGGCUUCUCAAGCUUCAGGUUUAUUCCUGGGACAUCUGAUAAGAUAAUAGUUGCCUUAAAAUCCGUAGAAGACUCUGGAGUUACUGAAACUUAUAUCAUGGCUUUUGAUAUAAGUGGGAAAAUACUACUGGAAGAAACUAAAGUUGGCAAUGUAAAAUACGAAGGCAUAGAAUUUAUAUGAAACAGUAUUUGUGAGUGUUUACUUUAUGUGGUUGCUGUGAUUUAUAUUUAAAUACAGUAUUUCUUACUUGCA